AUGACAGACCCCAAACUCGCCCCCUUCACCCUCCACACCACCCCCUACAAAACCAUCCAGGGUAUUCCUAUCCCAGCACAUAUCCUAAUCCCCAAAUCCAUAUCCUCUGCUUCUCAAACCGGGAAAUACCCCAUUCUCAUUCGUUUCCACGGUGGAUUCCUGGUCACAGGAACAGCCCUCUAUACCGAAUGGCUCCCCAAUUGGGCCAUAAAUCUCGUGACGCAGAAUUCCGCAAUUUUAAUCAUGCCGGAUUACCGGCUUCUGCCUGAAGCUACUGGGCAGGAGAUUCUGGAGGAUUUGAAGGAUUUUUGGAAGUGGUUUGGGGUGGGGUUUCCGGGGUAUCUUGCGGGGAUUAGUGGGAAUGGGAAGAUUGGGGUUAAUUGGGAAAAGGUGGCGGUUUAUGGGGAGAGUGCGGGGGGGUAUUUGGCUAUUAGAUCUUCUUUGCUGGACUUUUCUACGGAUGUGGUGAGGGAUGUGGAUGGGAUGGAGUUUAGGGGUCCAAAAGCUGUUAUAGCGGCGUAUCCCAUGACGAUGUUGCGGGGGAAAUGGUACUCGGAGGCUGGUGAGACGAAAAGUCCAUUUGGGGUUCCGCAGUUCGAUGGGGGUAUUUUGGAUACGCAUAUUGAGGGGAUGGGUCAGGGAUUAGAGAGGAAGAUGGUGAUAAGUGUAGAUCCGCCGGCGAGAUUAGAGAUUGCGGUUACGAUGGUGCAGAGGGGGAGGUGGACGGAAAUUUUUGAGAGAGCGGGGGAUGAGGGAUUGUGGUUGGAGGAUGUUAUUGUGGGACGGAGUGGGGUGAAUGAGGGAGGAGAGAGAGAAGGGAAAGGAGCAUAUCUUUUUACAUUUCAUGGAAUGAAGGAUACGGCUGUUCCGUGGGAAGAUACGAGGGAAUGGAUGGAGAUCUGGGGGAGGAAGUUUGGGGAGAACAGGGUAAAGGGGGUUUGGAGGGAGGGCAUGGAGCAUGGGUUUGAUGGGGAGGUGGAGGAGGAGAGUGUGGAGGGGAAGUGGUUGAAAGAGGGAUUGGAGGAGGUGAAGAAGGAGUGGUUGGGGAAUUAG